AUGCGAUCAGAUUUGGUGGAAAGAAUCGCUCAGAUUGAGAUGAAUAAACGAAAAGUGGAUGCACGUUUCGAGCAGUUGAUCGCCACACUGAACGCUAACCAAGAAUCGAACCAAGUCAAAAAAGAUGCACAACGUGAACUACUCGCACAAAUCACCACAGAUACUCGCAACAACUCAAAAACUGUUGCAAUCUUGUGCAGUUAG